GGAGACUCAGGGAAAACAAUAGUGUCUGAUUAAAUCAUUUCAGCUCCUCUUUUUUUAAUUCCCUGAGACUCUUUUAUUAUGCAGAAAAGAUCCUGAUGUUUAAGCUUCAAGAGACAUUUGAAUGCAUUUGAGCAAUCCCUCAAAUCAGAGAAUAUUCAUUGUUUUAUGUAAAUCUUCCCAAGAACCUAAGCACUGGCUCAGUGAUAAUGGAUUGUUUUGGAAGUGUUUUUAAGACUUUAAUGCCUUUUGCAGAAUUGGAUCAAGAAAUGGCUACAAAAGUGCUGCAGCAUUAAAGGCAUUCAAAGUAUGAAACUUGGACUUUCCCUCCACUAAUGAUAUAAAAAAUUUUGAAGGAGGAAUUGUGCAGUACUUCAGGGAAAGGAGACUUCUAUGUGGCGCUAUGACUUUUGAGGUGAUAGUCAUUGACUUUUCUCGUAUAAAAGGAUUGUGGGAAACUCGUGUCAAGAAGUAUAAAGAAAGAUGCAAGAAAGAAGAAGAAAGGUUAGAGACAAGCGCCUUAGAAAAGAUAAGGCAAGAAUGGAGCUUUAUGCUGGAGUGCAGGAAUAAUGGAAUACCACAAUCAGUGUACUUAAAGAAUGGAUUUGUAGACACUGAACUAAAAAUCUUGGAGAAAAUUGAAAGAAAAUCCCACAUUGGCAGAAAAGAGAAAUCUGAUAAAGAAGACAAAUAUAUUUAUAAGCUUUAUGGAGAGCACUGGGAGGAACUUCCAGAUAGCCUAAGAGAACAAACUCACCUUAAACAGUUGCAUGUUAAUAAUACACGAAUCCAAACCAUUCCCGACUAUAUCCAGUUAUUUCAAAAGCUUAUUGUUCUGGAUUUGUCACACAAUAAAAUAAGAUGCCUUCCGCCUGAAAUAGGUUAUUUGGCAAAUCUGAAAGAAUUUAACAUCAGUUUCAACAAUCUACAAAUCAUACCACCUGAGCUGGGAAACUGUGAAAACCUAGAAAAAUUAGAUUUGUCUGGAAAUUUAGAGCUCACAGAGUUACCAUUUGAGCUGAGUAGCUUGAAAAAGGUCACUUUUGUAGAUGUGUCAGCAAACAAAUUCUCUUCUAUUCCAAUUUGUGUCUUGCGAAUGUCAAGCCUGCAGUGGUUGGACAUCAGCAGCAAUAAAUUACAGGAUCUUCCCCAAGACAUAGACAGGUUAGAAGAACUGGAGACUUUAAUGCUGCAAAAAAACAAGAUAACCUACCUUUCGGCAGAAAUUACCAAUCUUACUAAAUUGAAACUGCUUGUAGUCAGUGGUGAGAGCUUGGUUGAAAUUCCAUCUGCUUUAGAAGAAAAUCCUUCACUGAAGUAUAUAAAGCUUCUUGAUAAUCCAAUUGAAACAAAUGUAUGUUUAGAUGCUAAAGAAGAAAGGGAAAGUACUCAGGAUCAAGAAUAUUUUGAGAAGGAAUUCAUGAAGGCUUACAUUGAAGAUCUUACAGAAAGAGAAACCACUCCCAGGUAUACAACCAAGGUGUCAUUUAAUCUGCAGAUAUAACAUGGGGACUGAAAUGAGUGUUCUCCAGAGGAACUUCUGUUAUUAUCCUUUAAACCAAAUCACACUAUCUUACAAACAACAUGAAGUUCAGAGCAUGAUAAGUCAUCAUGUAUAUGACCGAAAAGAAAUUAUGUACAGAAAAAAUGUUUGUGAAAGUUGAAAUGAGAAAUGUUGUAAUAAGUUUGGUUUUAAAGCUAGUAUGUUUUUCUCUGAAAUUAUGAGGGAAAUGUCACAGUAUGUAUUCUAAAGAUGUCAUGGUACAAAUCAAAGUUAUAAAUUUUAGGUGAGUUUUCCUGCUUUUGCUAAUAGAGCAAACAAACACUAGAUUGAAAAGUGUUCCAUAUCUUGAUGCAAACAAAGAAUAAACAAAUACAAAAUGACUGGAAAACAAAAUAUAUCUAAACAUAAACACGUGCAAUCGCGAACUCUAUAAAUACUCUUUCUGUGCUGCAUCUACUAAACCAAGACCUGCUUUCCCUUUUAUUUCACAAGACAAAUCAAUAUAGCAAGUUUACAUUCAAAUUUAUUGAUGUAUAAGCCACUUUGUGUAGAAUUACCAGUAGCUGCAUGUUUCACUGAAUAUAUCAUGUUAAAAUAAAAUGAAACAGAAUAGGGUAUAUAUUUCCAUUGUCUUGUUAAAGGACAAUGAAAGGUUAAUAUAAAUUACUGCAUAUCUAAAUUCCCAGAUCCCUGCUUGCUUCUCUGAGAUAUGGUGCUGGCAGCCUACAGCAGCGUGAAGACUAGAGUGACAUCACUGAAAUCUCUCUCCCCUUCCUGUAGGCUGCCAGCGGCAGUUUCUAUUCUCUGAGCAUGUGUGUAACUUGAUCCUGUCUCUUGUUCUGAGCUACACAUACCCACCAGCCAAAG